AUCCAACCUAAAAUUAAGAAAACACUAUAUAUUUUCACAACAUGGAGAAAUCGAGAGAAGAAAAGCUUAGGCAAGUUUGGGAUUGUGGCAGCACCCUAUAUGAUUCCUACGAGCUCAACUCCUUCAAACGCCAAUUAAACACGGCAAUAGCGAAUUCCCCGAGCAAUAGAAGAACUCUUUCCAUGUCUCAUUUACCCGAACGUUGUCUCUCAUCACAACCACAACCACAACCACCCAUGUCCAACAACAAGUCUUUCAGGUUCUCUCGAACCUUCCAGAAACUCCUUCGAUUUGUUUUCAAGUCCCGCAACAAACUGAGGAUCUCUAGCACCCGUAGUACUAGUAACAAUAUUAGUACUUUCCAAGUGGCAGAGAAAUAUUCCAAUGACCGUUUCUACGUUGUUUAUGAUAAGUCCGAACCGGUUCUCUCCACAAUUCCCGAACUUCCAGAGUUUGAGGUGGGUGUUCUUUCGCCAGAUAUCACUUCCUUCGUCAGAAAGUCAGCGUCGGAGCGGUUUAUGGCCACCGCUUCUAUCGGUAUUUCGUGUGCUUAACACAAUUGGCUCAGUCUUUAGAUGAUGAUAAUAAUUAUUAUCAUUUCAUGUCAUAACGUAGCAAUUAGCAUAUGUGUAUAUAUAGUGGCUUAAUGCUUUUGUUAUAUAUAUAUAUAUAUAUAUAUAUAUAAGUUUCAAAUUUUAUGAUUCACGACGCAAUUGUUUAAUUUUUAUUUUACAAGGCAACAUUGAAUCCUGGGAUCGCAUACGAAUCUGUAACUUGGACGUUUAUGUGAAUUAUCAUUACUAUUAAAUAAAA